GUGUGUGUGUGGAGUGUAAGUGGAGGGGGAAAAUCGCCAGCGUGCUCGGGCUCAAGUUCGCACCACCGUUUUGAAGUUAAACACGUUUUCACCAUAGCGUACCGUAAACGAAACAACUGCGUUUACUCGUGAAUAUUUUCCACGUGCUGUGUCAAUCAGUUUCCUAAAACUCUGGAAAAAUGGCGGAAUUCGUGGAGAAGCGAUGCCAGGACAUGAUCCCCGAAUUGGAGCAGAUGGAGAGGAUUAAGCUCUUUGAUAAAAAUGAGAUUCGAAACAUCGCUAAGAAACUCAAGGAAUACGAAUAUAAAAUUCAACGACAUACGAAAUGCAAAGAGGAUUAUCUUCGAUACAUACAGUAUCUAAUGGAUCUGCUGAAGCUGAUCAAGCAACGGAGAGAUAAAUAUGGUAAUACUCAGAAAAAAUCAGAUAUUGAUUUUGCUAUAACUAACAAGAUAAAUAAUUUAUACAAAGAGGCAAUAUCUAAAUUUCAAGAUGAUAUUAGGUUUUGGCUUGCUUAUAUGAAAUUCUGUAAGCAUAUGCGUUUUCACAGCAGUGUCACACAUAUGUUAGGUAGGAUGCUGCAGAUACAUAGAGACAAGCCGAAAUGUUGGCACAUAGCAGCGUGUUGGGAAUUGGAGGAGAACGAUAAUAAACAAAGUGCACGACAAUAUCUCCUUAGAGGUUUACAAAUUCACCCUGAUUCUCAAUUAUUAUAUAUUGAUGCUUUUAAACUUGAAUUGAAUGAUCGCUUAACCACACCUCCUAACAAUGCUGAAAAUAGUGAAAGUCAGGAAAAUAGCUCUGCAUCACCAAUGGACGAUGUGACGAGUGAAAUGCCAAUUCCAUUGAAAACCGCAUAUUUCAUAUAUCAACAGGCUUUUGAAUACAUCAAAGAUAUUAAAUUUAUAAUAGAGUUACUUGAUAUCACAAAGGAGUACAAAGAUACCGAGAAACUACAGAAAAAAAUCAUUUGUGAUAUGAUUCGAGAGUAUACUCAUGAACCCUUAAUGUGGGACACCAUGGCACGUCGUGAAUUACAAGGAUUAGUACAGCCAGGCCUCAGUGACACCCCAAUGGAAGUAGAGAAUGCCAAACAGACUUCAUUAAGAGAUCGCAUCACAUCUUGUAAUGAAGUCUACCAGACAGCCGUAAAAAAAAUCAAAACUGAGGAAAUGUGGUCGCUUUACAUUGAUUGCUUAUUGAAAAUCAAUAAUGAUUUACGAUCAUUGCCGAAUUUCAAAAGGAAACUCUUGAAGACUGCUUUGAUGCAGGCUCAUCAAGCGAAAAAAUUAAACGAAAAAUAUUACUUAUCUUGGAUUGAUUUAUUAACUGUCGACAAGGAACAUGACGAGAGCGCGCGAAAAAAACUGAAGGAAAUAUUGCGCGAAGCCACCGAUGCAUUACCAAACAGCCUCGCUGUUUGGCAUAUGCGACUUAGUUAUUUAUUACAGCAUGACCAGGAGAAAGAAGCGUACGCUUUAUAUCCAAAAGUGACGCAAUUAUUAGGUGAGAAAGCGGUACCCUUAUGGAAAAUGCGAAUUUUUCAUGCUCGGAUAAGAAGCUCAGACGAAGUCGAAGAGAGCUUCCAGGCAGCUCUAAAAUAUCCGCUGAUCGCCAGAGAUAUUAAGCCUGAAUGGCUAGAAUGGCUUGUCUUAACGGAAGGCAUUCGUGCGGCCCGCAAGGCAUACGAUAGUCUUUGCCUGCAACCACCUACUACAUUAGAGUUUCACAAGAAGAUGGCCAUGCUAGAACUCAUACAACCGGAAGUUUCGCUGAAGUACAUGCGACGACCUUACGACAUGGCGAUUUUGCAAUUUGGAACUAAUAGUACGUCUGUCUGGUUAGAUUAUAUAAAGUUUGAGAUGAAACAUGGAGAUCCGAAAAAUGUCAGUAGCCUACACGAGCGAGCAGUCAAAAUGUUAGAUCAUAGUUUAAUAAGUUCCUUCAUAGAGGAUUAUAGCUUAAUCGUAGCAAAUCCUGAUACCAUAAAGUGAUGCUGAUCAUGAGCAGCAAUCUUAGCAGAUUUUGUUAUUGCAUUUUUAACGAUUCAACUGUAUCCAGACUUUGACGCAUUGUAUAUAAUCAAAUGUAUAUAUAACUGUUCUAUACAAUUAUUACAUUUAUAUAUAAUUACAUAUAAACAUUUUCCAUGUUAAAUUUCACUUACUACUACAAAAUAAAUGCAAAAAUGAUCUUUUUAA